ACUCCUAUUUUCACAGUGAGAAUGAGGUUCAUCAGAGAGGAUAUUAUUACACUUGUCAGGGACAGAUCGGGAUCUUGCAGACAGGUUUUAAAAUCUGUCCUGCUUUACCUCUGGGAUGUUUACUCUGCACCAGCACCUGCCGGCAGAGACAUCCUCACUCAGCUGUCUCUCUGCUUCAUACUCGCCAUCGUGACUGGCAGCCUGCUUCAUCACUGGCUGUCAAAGACUCUCAGAUAUAACCAUGAAGGGUCCGUUCAGACCGCCUGCAUCUACAGUGUGGCCAUGUUCCUGGUGUCGUUCCUUUGUCAUCCUCUGCGCUGCGUGCUGACCAUGACUCUGCCCACCGUCUGCACCAAACAGGGUCGCAAGCUUCUCAUCACGGCGUCUGUCAUGAUUUUAGUCUUGAACGUCAUCCCGAAUAUUACAGUGAACGUAGGGGCGGUAACUCGCAUCCUAAAGUGCACCGCUGAGGGUUUCACCAAGACUUUAUUAAACUCAUCUGAACCUCUGAACAAAGCUAAGAGAGACCUUGUUGAGGAAGCCGUCAAAGUGAGGAGGGAAGACUUGAGCAUUGUCACCAACUUGAGGAAGUUAAAUCAUUUCACACAUGUCGAUGUGUCAGAAGUCAGAAGCAGGUUUACUAAGAUGAUUGGGCAGAUAGAGGUCAAUUUCUCACAUGCAAGGAAUCUGCUGAAAGAAUACAAACUGCUGUCAAACCGGAUCCUUGCUGCCAUUUUUGUGGCAUUACUCAUCUUUGAAUCUGCACGCUACUUGAAAUCUUAUCUGGCAUCAGUUCAGUUUGAUAACAGCCACAUAUCAAAAGAGCUCCGGCAAGAAGUGACUCAAAAUGCUAAAAAUAAACCUUAUGUCACAAGCUGCAAAAUAACAAGUGAAGAAUGUACGUCCUGUUUCAUAUCACUGAUUGUGGUGACGUUAUAUUUCACUGCAAUAACUUUAAUAGUAGUUUUGGAUCAUGUUGUUUAUCAUAUAGUUGAGGCGAUUUUGCCGUGGAUUCUGGAUUUUCCACCAACGUCUGCCAGCAUAAGUGUUGAUUAUAAGGUUCAGUGGUUCGUUCCUGCCUUUUGUAUCAUCCCAAAUUCCUGCGUCACCCGGGAGCUCACAAACUUCCACAGGGAUUACAAAUGGACUUUUGACCCCGAGCCAUCGCUCUGUGACGUGACGACCUCUGCUCCAAACCUAGGAGUCACACUCCUGCUGGGAUGCCUCUGGCUGAUGAGCUACUCUCUGGUUUUCCUCGAGGUUUACGCAAGGCGGCUGCGCAGGAAAAUCUCUGCAUCCUUUUUCAGAGAGCAGGAGGAGAGGCGGAUGGAAUACUUGAUGAAGAAAAUGCGAGUGAAGCAGAAUAAAAAGGAGCAAAAACAGACUGUUUAUGUUAAGGUUGUGUGAACGUUUACUGGACAAUGCAAUGCUUAAAGGUCAGGGGAGCCACUGGGCACCUGAAAAAUUUGUAUUACUUAGUAAAGUCUCAACAAUCCUACACACUGUGUCUAAUGACUUUGUUGAUCCCCUGAUUUUAUUUCUCAUGAAAGGAUAUUCAACUUGUUUCGCCCAUGGGAACCACUCUUGCAAAAUGACAGGAAGCCAAACAAACAAUAAUAUUUAUCAGUAUAUAUGAUAAACCAGUUGCUUGUUUGCAACCAUUCAGUAUUUGCUGUCCUCAAUCAUCUUUGCAAAAAUUAUCACACUGUUUUUUGGCUUAUAAACAAGCUCUGUUUUAAUGAUUGUUAAAGAGCUCUGUGUUAUCAUGAUCCCAGGUUUUGCUUAUAGUUUGUUUCCUGUUUUAUUCUGAAGGUCACUCUCCUCAUGUGCUCCAGAGUUUUCCCUGCACACCUGUCCUGUAUUAGCCUUGUUUGCUCCACCCCAUUGUUCCCUACC